UGACAAACCUAAAUUUCCUUAUUUCAGGCACAACCGUCCUGAUCCGCCGUUGAGACGGGGUCUGUGCCUGUCUUGUAUUUCUCGCUUGAUUCCCUUUUUAACUACUUUACUACAACGUACAAAUUCAUGACAGAUGAGAUUCGGUUACAGUUGAUCGGGCAACCUAAUGCCGAGGAUGCAGACAAGCAUAAAGAACUGCGAUCCACGUCCGCAUCACGAUGGCGCACCAAAGAAUUCUAUUUUUACUAUGCCUGUGUUGCCGUGGUCGUACCGUACAUGAUUUAUGUCACGUAUGGACUCGGUCCAAACAGCCCCUAUUACAAUCGAUAUGCUUAUUAUCUCUCUGAAGGAUGGAUAGCCGGACGCAAAGUGGACAACAGUGAUCUUCAGUAUGCGACAUUUCGUAACAAUCUUCCCAAACUGAUACUCCUAGCCGUGGCAUUUUUAUUCCUUAGUCAUGCGUUUCGCAUGGUUGCACAGAAACGGCCGACCGAUCGAUUUUAUUUCCUAGCAAUGGUUUCUGUUCUAAUAACCCUCGGCUUACACGGAGCGAGCAUUAUAAAGAUCCUGAUUAUUGUAUCAUGCAGUUACGGCAUUGCAUUCAUCGCGCAGGGGUCAAGGUGGAAUCCGAUCUGCACUUGGAUAUUCAAUCUCGCUAUCCUUUUUGGCAACGAAUACUACAAUGGGUACCGGUUCGCAACGUUGGGCUCCACCUUUGCUUGGCUGGAUCAAUAUCAAGGAUACCAUGCUCGGUGGCAUGUAUUAUUCAACUUUGUCAUGCUACGAUUGAUCUCUUUCAAUGUGGACUAUUACUGGCAAUGCAGAAAAGGCAGAGAAGCGUACACGGUAGCACGGUCCGAUGAAUCGAUCACCGAUAAAGAACGCAUCACGAUCCCAUGCCGCGCUUCUGACUACAAUUAUGUAUACUUUAUCAGCUACGUAUUCUAUACGCCACUUUAUCUGUGCGGCCCCAUCAUCACUUUCAAUGACUUUGUAUCGCAGGUACGUCAACCGUCAUCUAAAAUCCAACGAAGCUAUGUCGUCAUCUAUGCAUUACGGUGGAUGGCGGUGGUGCUCGUAAUGGAAGUGACACUGCAUUACCUGUAUGUGGUGGCUAUUAGCAAGGCCGGUGCAUGGGAAGGUUAUACCCCCAUGCAAUUGAGUAUGAUUGGUUACUUUAAUCUUGUCAUCAUCUGGAUGAAAUUAUUGAUCCCUUGGCGGUUCUUUCGCCUUUGGGCGCUGUUGGACGGGAUAUGGCCCGAAGAGAACAUGGUGCGUUGUGUCAGCAAUAACUACUCGGCGCAACGAUUCUGGAAAAGCUGGCACCGGUCCUUUAACCGAUGGAUGAUUCGAUACAUCUUUAUUCCUUUGGGGGGAUCCAAGUAUAUUACCUACAACAUGUGGAUCGUGUUUACGUUUGUCGCAUUAUGGCAUGAUCUGGAGCUGAAACUCUUGGCUUGGGGAUGGCUCAUUUGUCUGUUUCUUUUGCCCGAGAUCAUCGCCUCCAAACUGUAUAAUUAUGACAAAUACGGAGAACAGCCAUCCUAUCGUUUUGUGUGUGGUCUCGGGGCGACGUUUAACAUCUUGUUGAUGAUGAUCGCCAAUCUGGUAGGCUUCUGCAUUGGGCUAGAUGGUAUGAAGGCCAUGUUAUCUGAAAUUAUGGGCAAUCUCCAAGGCUUCUACUUUCUUCUAUGUGCGAUUGCUGCUUUGUUUGUGGGAGUCCAGAUCAUGUUUGAAAUCCGUGAAUCAGAAAAACGUCGCGGUGACCCAAAAUGGACAAUGUAAUAUGGGUUGGCGAUGCGGGUGAACGGGUCCUGUUGGAACCUGGGGGCAUUUUGUUGAAUCUUGUUGAUAUCAUCUACAUAUUUUUUUGGGGGCCGGGUAUAAGCGAUGUGGUGAGACAAAUGGAACGUAAUAUUAGAAUCAUCCCAGUAUUGUAUGUUCAUGGCAUGGUGUCAGUCUUGUUUGAGCAAGAUAAAAAAG